CCCUGUGCUGUCAAUGUGCGUGUCGGCGGGCAAAAUCCGAGGUCGGCGAGAACCCCGGCGUGACCGAGCGAGCAGUCGGCCACACAACCGGCAAGCCGAGCGUCGGAAACAAGUCCGCAGCUAUAAGAUGGAUAAGACGCGCAAAGAAGGAAGCGAUGAAUCCGACAGACAUUCAUUUCGAUCAUCACGAUGAAGGGCCCCAUGCCGGCCAUGGCGCCCGAUGUCGAAUGCCAACCCGCAGCCCAUCCUGAGGCCACCACCACCACCAGCCCGAGCGAGAAAACCCUUCCCAUCGCCGACAAAAAGGCCUCGGAAAUCACCAAUGGCUACGACCUCCCCUUCUGGCGCAAAUCCAUCAUCCUCUUCGUCGUCUCCUGGAUGACCCUCGCCGUGACCUUCAACAGCACCUCACUCCUCCCCGCCACGCCCGAAAUCGCCACCCAAUUCGACACCACCCAGGAAAUCCUCAAUGUCACCAAUGCCGGCGUGCUGCUGGCCAUGGGCUUCUCCUCGCUGAUCUGGGGGCCCAUGGGCCAGUUGAUUGGCCGUCGGAUGGCGUAUAAUAUCGCCAUUUUGGUGCUGUGUGGUUGCUCGGCGGGCACCGCCGCAGCCACCAAUAUGCAGAUGUUCACGGCGUUUCGCAUUCUAGGCGGGUUGACGGGUACGUCGUUUAUGGUGAUGGGGCAGACGAUCCUCGCGGAUAUUUUUGAGCCGGUCGUCCGAGGCACCGCCGUGGGCUUCUUCAUGACCGGUACCGUCACGGGACCCGCCAUUGGCCCUUGUAUCGGCGGCAUCAUCGUCACCUGGGCCAGCUGGCGCAACAUCUUCUGGGUGCAAGUCGCCAUGACGGGCUUCGGAUUGAUCCUGUCGCUGUGCUUCGUGCCGGAGAUACCUUCGGCGGAUACGAAGAUCACUGCCGCUGAUAGCCCUACUUCACGAACAAAGAUGAUGAAUAUCAUAUCGACAUUCAAUCCGACUCGGAUCUUCCGACUUUGGAUAUACCCGAAUAUCUUCCUCGCUGACUUCACAUGUGGCCUCCUCUCCACCUUCCAAUACAGCCUCCUCACCUCCGCCCGCUCCAUCUUCAACCCCCGCUUCCACCUCACCUCCGCCCUCGUCUCCGGCCUCUUCUACCUCUCCCCGGGCGCCGGCUUCCUCGUCGGCUCCAUCCUCGGCGGCCGUCUCUCCGACCGCAUGGUCCGGAAAUGGAUCGUGAAGCGCAACGGUACUCGUCUGCCCCAGGACCGACUGAACAGCGGCCUGAUCACGCUCUUCCUAGUCCUGCCCGCCGCGGCGUUAGUGUAUGGCUGGACCUUGCAGGAGGGGAGGGGAGGCAUGGUGGUGCCCAUUAUUGCGGCUUUUUGGGGAGGGGUGGGGUUGAUGGGGACUUUUAAUGGGUUGAAUACGUAUGCUGCUGAAGCUCUCCCUCAUCGGCGCUCAGAAGUCAUCUCCGGGAAAUACAUCAUCCAGUAUUUAUUCUCGGCGGGGAGUAGUGCCGCUGUGGAUCCGUUGAUUGGGGCGAUUGGGGUGGGGUGGACGUUUACUAUCUGUGUAUUCUUUUCUCUCAUUGGAGGGGUGCUGGUCGUGAUUAUCACGCGUAAAGGGUUGGAUAUGCAGCGGUGGGUGGAGAGGAGGUUUGGGUUGGUGGGGAAGGGGGGAUAUUAACAUACCUCCAGUAGGGGUGUUGUGCUUGGCUGAUGGGUUGAGAUGAUUGAGUGAUGCUGAUGCUGAUGGCUGAUGAUUUUGAUGUGACCAUGCCGGUGAUAUAGAUCGAUAGAUUUGGUUGUGUUUUGUUGGUUUGUUGGGGAGGAUGGGUGAUAGAUGUGCUUUUAUAUACCCGUUGUUUAGAUUUCAAUUUAUUGAUUUAUCUAUUUAGGUUGGGG